AUGGCCUCCUCCCAGCAGUCUGCGCUGGACUAUGUCAGAAACGUCCGGACUCAUCUGGUUGAGAGACUGCAGAAUCUCUCUGUCAUUGUUGAGAAACUCAGUGAGUGCAAAGUGCUCAAUAAGAAUGAGGUCAGUGUCAUUGACUCUAUUCCUGAGAAGUUUGACAAAACCAGAAAAAUACUGGACAUGGUCACUGCUAAAGGGGAGGCAGCCUGCUAUGAGCUGUUAAAGAUUUUGGAUGCUACAAGGAAACGGACAUUCCCCAAAAUUCCUCCUGACCUGACAAGUAAACAGCAGGGUCCGUCAGCCUCCCAGGACAGACAGGACCCUAAUUUACAUCAGUGGAUCAGUUGCUUCUCCUUCAAAGAUGACUUGAAUGAGUACACUGCUGGUUCAAGCCCUUGUUACAAGUACCAGAGGGAACUGAAAUCAAAAGCAAAAAAAAUUUUUGAUAGUGAAUGGAACCAGAACAAGAAGAUUGUUAAAGAUAAGUUCAGAUGGAAAACCUUCCCCUACACUUCCCUGGUUUUAGAUACAGAUGUGAAUGAGAUUUCCAAAAUUUCCAAAAGCAAAAAAUACAAGAAAUCUCGUCAGAAGAAACUGAAGACUUUCAUUCCAAUAGACAAGAGAGGACUGUCCCCUGAAUAUUUGCUUAAAACUCAUGAGAAAAAAAUCCUCCUCAUGGGGAAACCCGGAAUUGGGAAGACGACCGUCGCUCAGCAGGUUCUGAGUCUCUGGGCAGAGAGAGAAGACCGUGAACUUAACUACAUGUUUUACUUUGAUGAGAGGAGCUUCUCAAACAUCUCAAAGCCCAUUAACCUGAGGUCUCUGCUGUUUGACAUUUACUUGAAGCCAACAGAAAGCAGUGAUGAAGUGCUACAAGAUAUUGAAGAGAAUUCUGAAAACAUUGUCAUGGUUUUUGACGGAAUCAGGGAUGUGAGCUGUAACUCAGUAAUACAGAACAUUGUAGAAAAUGUACUGCGUGACGCAAAGAUUAUAAUUACAUGCAGACCUGAGGAUGCAUGUGAGGGUUUCCUCUCUGACUGGCCCACUUUCACAGUGGAAGUGCAGGGAUUCAGUGCGGAGUCCAUUCGCACUUACUUUAAAAAGAUGUUCAGCACAGACAGUGACACUGUUUGCAGUGUAUUGAACGACCUGCAGUUGUUCAGUCUCUGCCAUGUGCCAAUGUACGCUUUCAUAGUCACUGCCUGCAUCUCUUUUGGACCCUGUGAGGCUGGUGAGCUGCCCUCCACUGUCACUGAAAUGUACCUCCACAUUCUUCGUCAUUGCAUGAGAAAAAUCAGUGGAAAAGAUGUGAAAUAUCUGGACCGGUAUAUCCAAGACAACAGGAAAGACAUACUCCAUCUCGCUGCAAUCUCGUUUAAUGCAAUGCUGCAGAAAACUGCCCUGACUGGACUGGAUUGUGAAGAGAACAGCGUGUUGCAUGCUUUCUUGAGAUCAGCUGUGAUUAAGGAUUCUCCUUCCUCUGCACAGACAGUCUGUGUCUUUCUCCACAACACAAUGCUGGAAUUCUGGGCUGCUCUGUGGCUUCUGCAGAACCCAGACAAGAUAGGAGAAAUUCUAAAGCGAUGCAGACAGACCCGUUCACCUGGAUCUGCAGAACAGCACUGUGUCUGA